CAGCAACAAUAAAACAUUUGCAGAUUAUUUUUUUAAGGACAAACCGGUCCUCAUGCUGGUUUUCUCCACAGAUAUAUUUAUGGGUGGUCUCCUAAUCGAGACCCAGUCUGUAGUUUUAGUAAACAUCGUGUCAACAGUCCAUUGAAAUCAUUAAACAGGCGUACUCACUUGUGAUUGGCUAACCAAAAGAAAGCGUCGCUCCAGCCAAUCGCCGUCGCGCUUACUCGCCGAUGCGGUAGUACCAACAUGGCAGCUUUCUGAGUUUUGGAGGAGGAGAGCUGGAGUAAAUACAGAGAAAUUAAGCGUUUCUGAGACGAGGACAGGGUCAGGGAGCCUGAGCUCGAGACUUAUUGGAUUGUCGGCGGAAAAUGUCGAGCGACGGGAACAAGAAACAGUUCUGGAAAAGAAACGCAGCCAAGGUUCCUGGCAGUAUUCAGCAUGUUUACGGCGCACAGCAUCCACCUUUUGACCCGCUUCUUCAUGCCAAUCUAAUCAAAGCAGGAAACAAACCCCCUCCAGCCACGCCAGGCAAGCCAAAGAAAGCCACCACCUUCCAGGAGUUCGAGAGCAUCACCAGCGACGCCUGGGACGUCGGCGACGAUGACGACGAGCUGCUGGCCAUGGCUGCACAGAACCUUAACAUUGAGGUUGUCAUGGAGACGGCAAAUAAGGUGAUUGAGAAUCACAGCAAGCAGCAGGAGAGACAGAGGCAAGACGACACGACGGAGCCGGGUCAGGGAGAGGAAGACGCACAGGAGGAGGUGGCGGCGGAGGAGUUGGAGGAGGAAGAUGAGUAUCUCAGAGUGGAGGAAGUAGAGGCAAUCAGUCCUGAUGCAUCAUUUGCCUCUCAGAGCAGCCCUUACGCUGAUAGCCGUCUGGUGAAAUCCCACAGUGAAGCUCCGAUUGGGUCACCUAGAGAUGCAGCGGGCGAGCGCCCCGGCCUCCACAGACAGAGGUCUCUGCCCCAUCGGCCGCCCGUCAUCCCAUUAGUGGCUCGCAUGGCUGACCAGAACACAUCUGGCACCCCGGCCAUGACCGAGAGGGAAGCAUCCCGCCUGGAUAAGUUCAAACAGUUGCUGGCGGGGCCCAACACAGAUCUGGAGGAGCUGCGGAAGCUCAGCUGGUCUGGAAUCCCGCGGCAAGUUCGACCGAUAGCCUGGAAGCUUCUAUCUGGUUAUCUGCCUGCCAAUGCAGAGAGGCGAGAAAGCGUUCUACAGAGGAAGAGACAAGAAUAUUUCGGCUUCAUCCAGCAAUACUACGACUCGCGCAAUGAUGAGCACCAUCAAGACACAUACAGACAGAUCCAUAUAGACAUUCCUAGGAUGAGUCCUGAAAAUUUGGUGUUGCAGCCAAAGGUGACAGAGAUAUUUGAGCGGAUUUUGUUCAUCUGGGCCAUCCGGCAUCCGGCCAGCGGCUACGUGCAGGGCAUCAACGACCUGGUCACGCCAUUCUUUGUCGUCUUCGUCUUCGAGUACAUCGAGGAGGAAGUGGAAAACUUUGACGUGUCCAGUCUCCAGGAAGAGGCUCUGAGGAACAUUGAGGCUGACAGCUUCUGGUGCAUGAGCAAACUGCUGGACGGCAUCCAGGACAACUAUACAUUUGCUCAGCCAGGCAUUCAGAGGAAAGUCAAGGCCCUUGAGGAGCUGGUCAGCAGGAUUGAUGAGUCUGUGCACCGCCACAUGCAGCAGUACGAGGUGGAGUACCUGCAGUUCGCCUUCCGCUGGAUGAACAACCUCCUGAUGAGGGAGUUGCCGCUGCGGUGCACGAUCAGACUGUGGGACACGUAUCAGGCGGAACCUGAAGGCUUCUCCCACUUCCACCUGUACGUGUGCGCCGCCUUCCUGGUGAGGUGGAGGAAAGAGAUUCUGGAGGAGCGGGAUUUCCAGGGCCUGAUGAUCCUGCUGCAGAACCUCCCCACGAUGCACUGGGGCAACGAGGAAGUGAGCGUGCUGCUGGCCGAAGCCUACAGGUUAAAGUUCGCCUUCGCCGACGCGCCCAACCACUACAAGAGAUGAUGAGAGCGUCUCCACCUCCUCGUCCUCUUCCUCAUCCUUCGUCGCCUGCUGGACUCACAGGCUCCUCCCAUUUUCCUAACCACUCCCCUUUUUUUUUUUUUUUUUUUUUUUUGCCCAUAUUUCCAGUGGGCCUUUCUGCUACUAAGAGAUUCGAAUCAAACAGUGACUUGAGGAUGCGUGGUGUAGCAUUUUGACAUGAUGAUCCGGAGCCUUUUCUUUUUAAAUUAUCUCACUCACUGAAACGUGCGUUCAUUCUCAGUCUGAUGCAGAAACAGAUCAUUAAUAUUGAUUAUUGCAAGUUUUUCUUUUUUUCUUUUUUCGUCGUUGUUGAAGAACAACAACCACACACGGCUUGAUGCAGGAUCAUGAACAGUUUCUCAGCACCGCCUGGGGUUAAAAUCUGCAUUAUUUUACACUACUAUAGCAAUACUUAGUUUAUUUUGCUCCCUUUGGCAAAAUAAAACCCUUUAUUUAGUUUAUAGAUAUGAAGAAAGACAGCAGAAGGGCACUUCUUUUUUUAUUAUUAUUAUUAUUAUUAUUAAUAGAAGACUUACAAAUCUUGAAGGAGUCUGCAGUUUUUCUGUGACACAAGGGGGAAACUGAUUCAGUUGGUUUUCCAGGAUCCUACGGCACAGAUCGGGCUCCGAGAAUCCAGCACUCAGCAAAUUGCUCUCCCUUUUAUCCUCCCCUUCUCACCUCCUCCCCCUCAUCCUCUCACACUCCCCGUACAUCAGAGUGGAAGGUAAACGGCGUCCGGAGAAGCUCGCCCCACGUUCAAAAAAACGACAAUGCCAUCAGGAUGGCAAAAAGGCCGACUUUGUCUUAGAUUGCCUGUUCACGAAGGGCUACGUCUCACCAUCAGCUCGCUAACCUCAGAUCUCACUGAAUUUGUCACUUCAGAAGCGAUGGGGGACAAAAUGUGUUUUCAUUUCCACUAAGAUUUCUAAUUUACUAGGUUUAAAUCCGGCUAAUUCUAGAAUAAAACGUCUGAACUGAGGUUAGCAUGAAAAGUUUAUCCAUCCGCCUCUAAAUCAUAGGUUUUUUUUAAAUCAGAAUUAAUUUUUCUCAAAAUAACAGAGGAUAUUAAUAUCAUAAUUCAAUUCUUAACGCAGAAUUCUGACUUUUAUCAGAAGGUCAAAAUCAGGAUUCUGAAUUUUAGGUCUGAGAUUUGUUUAAACUGAUUUUUUUUUUUUGUUUGUUUUGUUCAGUGACCCUGACCCUCUUCCAGAGGUCAGACUUCAAAUCUAAAGAUGGCAGGAAAUAAAUAAAUAAAUAUGACGGGAAGGAAAGAAAAAAAACUAGCAUGACUUGAUGAAAUAGUAGAUGUGUUCUUUGGAUAGGGAAAUAAAAAAAAAAACAGUUUGUGAGCUGGUUGGAUGUUAGGAAGAGCAGACAGACGGAUAAACGGACGAACUUCCUGGCAGUUGGUGUGAGAUAACAAAACUAACACACUUAUGAGACAAUCUCUUUCCAGUCCAGAACGCCUAAAUCAAGAAUAUUUCUUUUUGCUAAUUUCCCGUCGUCACGGUGCCCGUCGCGCGGCUCGCCGUCGUAAUUCUUCGCAGGGACGCGGCGGCAGCGGUUUGAUAAUCAGACACUGGGUGACAUAACUCAAAAAGCGGUUAACAUCCGCAGCCUCCUGCAGCGCCUCCGCCAGGAUCCAUUAUUGUCACCAUGUGCCGGCAGAGCCGGCGAGCGUAGGUGUGUGUGAAGGGGAGAGAGAGAGGGAGGGUGUUGUGUUCCUUUGGAAGUUUCAGCGCUUUUUCUCUGAGAGCUGUCAGUCUUUGAUCACACACUGGGACUUUUUUUUUUUUUUUUUUUUUUUUUUCUACACAAUCUGAACCAGUUUCACAAGCCCCUUAUCUCCUGUGCUGUGUGACAAGAAAAACUGCACUUAAUUUAAAAAGUCCACAGCUCCUUUUUUUUUUUGCCCCUCUCUCUCCUUCUGCUUUCUCUCUUUGUGAUAUAUAUCCUCUUCUUUCAAUCAGCAUUUAAAGAAAAAAAAAAUCAUCCAUGACAGUUAAAUUUUUUUUUUUCUAUUUUUUUUUUUUUUUUAUAUAUAUAGCUACUAAUGUUUACGUUAAGUUGUGCCUGACUCUAAGCCAUCCGGAUUAACGCAAAUCUACCCCAGAGGUUUACAGUUUCCUGUUUUUUUCUUUUUUUUUUUUAUACGUGGUUUGGCCGUAAAAACCAUCAACCUGAGCCGCUUCAUUCUUCCCCGGGCAUUUAUCAUGUACGAUUCCUACGAAGGUGGCAUUUGUUUACUGAAGCUGCCCCUGUCCCUCUGCAGGCCCAUCGAGCCUCGAUGCUGAAACUUGUACGCGUGAGCAGGACCGAUGCUUUCACUCAGCGUUUGAGGAGCUAAAAAGGCGCAGCAGUGAAAAUAUCUGUGUUUAAUAUCUUCUUAGGAGACUUUAUUACUCUGCUGAAAAGUCGGAGCGUUUUUCUUUUCAUAAAGAUUUCAUAAACUCCUGUUGGUGGAGUUUGAUAGCUUUGACAGACUGUCUUUAACACAUUCCUCCGUAUGGUAAAGAUGUGAAAAGCCUUUAAAAUGCAUUCACCUAGCAUCCAAAAUCAACACAGUUAAUGAGAAUCACUGUAAAAUAACUGUUUAACGUUAAGAAGCAUUUCAAAAAUACUCCAAAGCAUCAUGUUUUUACCUCAUUUGACAGAGUGCCAUAUAUUUUUAAUCAGUUCUUCUAAAUAGGAAAGGCAGGAAUACAUUCCAUUUGAGUAAAAAAAAAAAAAAGUUUUGAUAUUUUUAAGUCCAGAAACUGCAAAAACAAAUCACACUAAUCCAAAUAUACUUAUACAGUAAGUCAGAACAAUUAUUAAAACAUCGAAGCUGUUGAUUUUCCACAUCAUGCCGUUACGUCUCCAUGACAAUUUUUUUGUCCUACCAUCACGAAUGUAAACUAUAGUUUAGUGGGUGUGGAGCAUAAAAAUUUUAAUGAAUAUCAUAUAUCAGAGCUUUCUAUUUAAGAGUCUACUUUUCUUUUCUGCUUGAAAAUUAAAGCAGAAUUAUUUAAUUCUUCAACAAAUUUACCCUGACACUUAAAAAACAAAAAAAAACAAAAAACAGUUCCCCAGACUCAAAAAGGUUUCUUUUUUUUUGGGGGUUUUUUUUUUGAGAGGCUUUUUCCACUUUUACCUGAGGUAGCAAUAAAUAUGGCAAAAUUACAGACUCAUUUUAUGUAAAAACUCCGCUUCUAGAAGCGUGUCAUUUCUGCUGAUGGGAAUAAUACAUUAAAGCUCGUAAAAACCUGCAGGUCAUCUCAGCUCCCUGUAAGAUUUGUUACACACGUCGGAGUCGCCGCUGCUUUUAGCUCGACGGGCGAUGCGGCGUUAACUAACAAGCGGGGCAGGGAUUUGCACACUGUACGUGUUUCUCCAAAGUUCUGCUUCUAUUCAUCUUAAGUUGCCUUAAUGCACAGAUUUGUGUUGAUAUGAAAAGCGGGGUUAUGCGCAGCCGUUUCCUUCCGACACAAAUCAGACGCCUCCACGGACGCACCAUAAUUUAAUAAACAAACUCAAACAAAAUCACUUGCUGCUAAUCUCAAAUUAGCCUUCCACCGGUUCCUUUGCGCGUCGCCUUCGUCUCCAUGGCGAUCGGUGACAUCUGGCUCUCUUUCCAUUAGCCCACACAGAGAAGACUUGAAAUGUUCUCGGGAAGCAACACUUCUGCUGCUUUUAUUUCUUUUCUUUUUUUCUUUUUUUCUUCCAGUAGUCUAAAACUUGUGAAAACCAAAAUGAAGAAGAAACGAGCCUCCCCUCUCCUGUGUCUUUUGCUCCACAGAGCUGAGAAAGAAAGCUAAUAUUUGCCAGAUCGUGAGAGUGACAGUACGGUCUUAUUGAAUUGAAUUUCAAAAUAUGUACAGAAACAAAUAUCUGUAAAUAGAAAGUGUAAAUAAAUCCUAUAUAUGGAAUACCAAAAAAAAAAA